AUGGUUAAAUCUUACUUCAAAUUAAUCUUUGAGGGCGUCAUUCGGAAGGGGGAUUUUAUUACAAACGUUAACACUGACAAGACGUUUGAGGUUCCUCAUUUGUUUCGGAAGUGUAAUGAUGUGUUUAAGGUAAUUGAAGAGGCUAAUGCUGGGGAAAUAGUUGCUGUCUUUAAUGCACCAGGCUUUACUGAUGGGUUAGUAAGUUAUACAAUGACUUCCAUUGAUGUUUCUGAGUCGGUCUCAAGAGAUUCUGACGUGCAAGGUAAAGGCGAUGCGUAUUUACCAUUUGUCAAGGUUUAUGGAGGCAAAGGACGAUUGGUAUUGAUGAAAAGUAUCUCUGGAUUACUCAAACGUUAAAUUACACUGUCCUGUAAUAAUUGCCCAAAAAGAUUUUUACUUUUGGUUUCCUAUGUAACUUUAGUUAUCUCCCAUCUAAUUAAUAAGGAGGCCUAAUUUAUGGAGAUAAGGCUUGACUGUUGCUUUAGAGAGAGAAAUAAUAAAUAGUUAAGGAAUAUAAAGAAUACUCGAGGCAUCCUCUCA